AUGUCCAGCAAAGACUCCGUCGUAUAUCACUACCUUGCCAUUGGCAAGCUUGGCCGCGGUGAACCCAUCAAACUGUUUAUGAAGGAUGCGGGUAUCGACUACGAGGAGCGCCUCUACGCAAGAGACAACACUUGGCCUGAGACCAAGGAGAAGUUGAUCAAGCAAGGUCUGACUAGAAACGGUCAAGUUCCUUCUCUUGAGUACAAGGGCCAUGUUAUGACUGGUCAUGUCCCCAUUCUGCGCUACCUAUGCCGUGAUCUUGGCCGAUAUGAAGGUCAGAGUAACGAGGACAAGUACUCGACGGACUUGGUAUCAGACAUCUACGUCGAUUGGAGGGCCCAAUGGGUCCGUAACCUCAAGGAGGGCCCUCGAGAAGAGUACAAGGAGACCAACGCUCCUCAGUACUAUGAUCUCAUUGGAAAGUACUACGCCGACCACGAGGGACCUUAUCUCUUGGGUGAUGAGAUCAGCUACACCGACUUCCUUGUCUAUGUCUCUAUUGAUAACGAUGCUCGAACAAAGACACUCCCAGAGAGCUUGCCAGAGUCUCUUGUCAAGUUCAAGGCUGCCUUUGAGGCCCGACCCAAACUUGUUGAAUACAUCAAGCAGGGAUAA